CAGCAAGCUAAAAAGACCCCAAAUUCGCUCCACCUCCACUGGCGCCGGCGGCUCCCGUCACGGACCGCAGCUGACCCUGCGAGGCAUCCGCCCCCGCCAUGGCGAUCCCCGCCGCCUCCUCUCUCGCGGUCCGGUCGGCCAUAGGCGCGGCGCUGGCCGCCGUCAUCGCCGCGCGCGCGGUCCGCCGCCGCUCCCUGGACGCCUCGGGCGGGGCCGCGGGGUUCGUCGUCAUGGCGGUCCACAUCGCCUGCGGCUAUAGGUACGGCGCGAUGCUGCUGGCCUUCUUCUUCACGUCGUCCAAGGUGACCAAGAUCGGGGAGAACCGCAAGCGCUGCGUCGAGGAGGAUUUCAAGGAGGGCGGUCAGCGCAACUGGAUCCAGGUUCUAGCAAAUAGCACAAUUGCCACUAUAUUAGUUGUGAUAUAUGUGCUAAUGACUGGGGGACAAGAUCGGUGUUUGGACUCAAAUGAUUCAAAGGUUAUAACUGGUUUAAUAGGUGGUAUCAUUGGCCACUACUGUUGCUGCAAUGGAGAUACUUGGUCAUCUGAAAUUGGUGUGCUUAGUGAUGAACAACCAAGGCUUAUUACUACUCUGAAGCCUGUCAGGAAGGGUACGAAUGGUGGAGUGACCUUACAAGGACUUCUUGCUGCCACAGCAGGUGGCCUUACCAUUGGUCUCACUUUCGUUGUUGUUGGACUGUUGACAGCUCAAUGUCCUUUUGAUAUGGCCCUCUGGCAGCUACUAGUACUACCCAUCUCUGCUGGUGCUGGUUUGCUUGGGAGUCUAAUUGAUUCAUUGCUGGGUGCCACACUUCAGUUCAGUGGAUACUGCAGUGUUCGGAAGAAGGUGGUUAGUAAAAGUGGUCCUACGGUCACCAAGAUCUCUGGGAUGACCCUCCUGGACAAUGAUGCUGUUAAUGCAGUAUCUGUGCUACUAACAACCGUGCUUACAGCUUAUGCGUGCAUCUGCAUUUUCUAGAAACUGAAGGUUUGUGGACCUUUCACUCGUUUCUGAAGCUUGAUCUCAUGUAUAAUCACGAAGGGGCGGAUGGCAUGACGUCUAUUACAAGCAGAAUGACACUGAAAUGACGAAUUCCAAGGGUUACUUGAUGAGCAAAAUUUGAUCAGUUUGAUGAUUUCAAGCAAAGAUUGUUUGGUUAAAUGCUUAUGUAAGUUGUAAGGUGUCAAUUUGUGUACAAACACAUCUACAUACACUUCAAUAUAAACUAGACUUGGAUGUUCUUGAA